ACAACCAUAAAUGGAUAACUUGGCUCAUGAGGCUGGACUCUUUACAGCCUUAAAUAGUUUCAGCCUCAGUCUACCACAACUCUUUUGUCUGCUUCUCUGUCGACUUCACAAAGAUCACAAUGUCUACAAAGGCAAAGAAGACUUUUACUGAUAAUUCAGUACAGAUCAUUUUAAUUGGUGCUACUGGCUCUGGUAAGAGCUCUUCUGGAAACACAAUAUUGGGCAAAACGCUGUUCAAAUCAGCAGCAUCUGCAAAGUCUGUGACACAGCAAUGUGAAAUUGCUACAGAGAUAAUCAAUAGCUGGAAGGUUACAGUAGUAGAUACUCCAGGCUGGGACUGCACUGCACUCACUGAAUGUGAGGUCGUGUCCCAAAUAAAACAGGCUCUACAAUGUCUUGAUGGACCUUUCUCCUUUCUCCUGGUCAUACGUGUUGGCUCAAUGGAAUCUGAAGAAGAAAUAAGUAAAAUCUCUGGAGUUCAAAAGGUGCUUGGCCGCACCUUUCUGGAUCAUACCACAAUCCUGUUUUCACGCAGUGAUGAUCUUGAAGGGAAAGAUUUUAAGGAGUUUAUUAAGGAAGGAGGUAAAGAGUUUCGUGAUCUGUUAAAGCAAUGUGGUGACAGAUACCACUGCUGGAACAAUCGAGAUAACCGAUCUGAUGAGGCAGUGGAAGAACUGCUAAAGGAUUUAAAAAAGACAGAGAUGAUAAACCCAAAUUCCCAAUCAGAAAAACCUUCUGCUUCUUCCUCUUCUGGUGACCAGCAAGAAAAUGCAGUGACUAAUAGAAAGAGAUCUGGAGAUACAGCAGGCUUAGAAACGGAUAUGUCUGAAAAUCAAAUCAGAGUUUUAUUCCUUGGAAGGAACAGAGUGGGAAAGACUUCAAGCAUCAAUACCCUUCUUGAAAAAUGUUUACAACAUGAAGGAGGUUCAAUUUAUACAUGCCCAGUCUCUGGACUGAGUCUGAAGCUGAUAGAAUCUCCUGGCUUUGAUGAUAAUCUGGAACAAAUUCAGGAGGCCAUCUCCAAAUCUGUGUCCGAUUGCUCUCCUGGACCUCAUGUCAUUAUUAUAGUGCUCAGCGUGGAGCAUUUCACUACAGCAGCAAACACAACCAUGAAACAUGUACAAGAUUGUCUUGGACAAAAUGCCAGUAAACACUCAGUGAUUCUGUUGACUGGAGUGGAUAAUUUGGAAGGAAAACCCAUUGAAACCUACAUUCAAGAGAAUCAACAUCUCAAUGAAUUAGUGAAAAUACAUGAGAACAGAUUUCAUGCACUCAAUAACAGAGACACCAGCAAUAAGACCCAAGUGGAUGAACUGCUGAAGACGAUUAAUUUAAUGUAUGAAGAAAAUAAUAAAGAAUUUUACACAGAUUCUGAUGACCAACAAAGUACUUAUUUAUAAAUAUAAAAGUAGGAUUACAGUUAAAUGUAAUUUGAAUCUUUUACAUUUGUGUGAUCAGAUAUUGUUCAUUACAUUUUUUUAAUGAACAGGAAUGAUCUCUGCAAUCAGUAGUUGGUUUAGAAAUGCAAAAAGAAUGAUCACAACUAGUUUAUCAAGAAUCAGGACUCACCUGGAAAUGUCUGAUUAGCCAAAGUAUGUAUCAACUUUUGCUUCUUGUAAAUAUGAUUAUAAUUAUAUUAACAAUUUAUUAUUUUUUGUUUACAUUAAUCUUGAUAGGAGUACAUUUCACACAAACUGAUUCUCACUUUCUGGCAUGCAGUUAGCUUGGCUCCAUAAUGUACACAAUAAAUAAAAACAUGGCACAGUGGUGUAGUGCUUAGCACUGUCACCUCACAGCAAGCAGGUUCUGGGUUCAAGCCUGCUGAUUGAGGCCUUCUGUGUGAAGAUUGCAUGUUCUCCUUGUGCUUGUGUGUCUUGUGCUCUGGUUUCCUCCCACAGUCCAAAGACGUGGAUUAGGUCAACUGGCUCUAAAUUGCUCAUAGGUGUGAAUGUGAAUCUGAAUGUCUGUCUGUCUCUCUGCAUUAAAAAGAAAGAAAAAGAAAGAAACCACAACUUGAUUCAUCACAUACUUGUGAAAUUUCCUACCGGUAUCUGCAUUUAACCCAUCUGAAGCAGUGAACACACACGCGCACACACAUGUGAGCAAUGAGCACAUACCCAGAGCAGUGGGCAGCUGUGCUAACAGUGCCUGGGGAGCAGUUGGAAGUUAAGUGCCCUUGAGCAAGGUACCUGACCCCUGACUGCUCCCCAGGCGCUCUUGUGUGGCUGCCCACUGCUGUGUGUUCACUGCUUCAGAUGGGUUAAAUGCAGAGGAUGAAUUUCACUGUGCGUGAAGUAUGCGUGUGACGAAUAAAGGUUUCUUCUUCUAUGAUAAACAAGAAUAAAAUACAAAUUAACUGCGUGUUCAAUUGCUGAUCCCCCCCAACUUUUAAUCAUGUCUAUCACAUAUAAUUUUUACUUUUUACUAACAUUAUGUUUUAAAAUGGGGUAGGGAUAUAUGAUUCAGUGAUUCCUCUUUUUUAAU